AUGGAUGUCCGCUCUCUUUGCUGGAAUGUUGGAGGAUUGUCGGGGUCUUGCUUUCAGGAGCUCGUUGCAUGGCUCGAUGUUGAGGGCGGUUGCUAUGAUGUUAUCAUUCUGCAAGAGACGCACUGGCGAGCCAGUAGCGACUUCCGAAGUGGACAGUGGAUGUGCGUUCACAGCUCUGGGUAUGACUCUGAGCUCAGUCUUGAUCGAUAUGGAGGGAUACUCAUCAUGAUUAAUCAGGAUGCCUUUCAAGAGCCCGCAGCUCAUGAAAUCUAUCCGGGUAGACUGCUGCACGUCCGUGCUCUCCAUCGCCGGAGCCGCCUUAAUGUUGACAUCAUAGGAAUCUACCAGCAUGUUUAUAGGCCUCAACUCACCCCAGACCUCAAUCAGCAGUAUCGUAGCGAUGUCUGGACUAAGCUCUCGACCGCACUGCAAGCGUUGCCGAGCAGAAAUCCUCUGCUGCUUGGAGGUGACUUCAACUCCCAGCUUGCUGCGCGCCGGCCACAUGUCGGCUGCUCUCUGCUGUCGGGUGACGGACAGCAAGGCGACAAGCAACUGCAUAAACUGCUUGAGAAGUGUGAUCUUUGUGUCCUAAACAGUUGGCAUGCCAAGCCAGGCCACACGUAUGAGUCCACUACCAGCCGAACCCGCAUUGAUUUUGUCGUGACCAAGCUAUCGGAUGCAAAGGGCCCAGCCCGGUAUGCAAAGCCAAAGUACAAUUUCCCCAUCAAAGCAUACAGCUUGGCUGGCCACUGGCCCAUUGAGGCCACCAUUGCCGUUGUGCCUUUUAACCGCCGGCCGCCUGCCAAACCAGCUGAUUGUGUCACCUUUCAGAGAGACGAACUUCUUGUGCACACGCGCACCAACAGUGAGCGAGCCCAGGCCUUGCAACAAGACGUGGCAAGCCGCCUUGCUCAGGUCCAGCCCUCGAGCCUUCAGGAUGCCCGUGCCAUCGUGAACCAAGUCCUGCUUGAAACUGCAGCUGUGCACUUCCCGCCAGAAAUAAGACCUGAUAGCAGAAUCAGCGCGCAGGAUUCCUUCCGGGCCUCUGCCAAAACCACUUGGCAAUUCUACAGAGCACUCAAGGCGCCCUGCAUUGCAGUCACGCAUGGCAUCUUUCUUAAGUGGAAGGCAGCCAGUGACUUUUCCAAGGCCUCCAGGCGUCUACGGGAUCAAAGCCGGCUGCUCAAACGUGAGUCGCUGCUACGCAAGCUUGCCGAAGCAGAACAAGCAGCCGCCAAGGGAGACCAGCGUGUGCUCCACCAAAUUGUGCGAGGCUUGGCUCCGCGAUGCCAGAAGCUUGUGUCCAGACUGCGUGACCCACAAGGUCAACUUCUGGGCAAAGACGCGGCUCUGCAAGCCAUGCUCAACUAUGCCAAGGACACUUUCUGCAUACUGCCGGAUGAGCCAGACAUCCCUGCCAUGCAGGACAGCUGGCAAUGCACUGACCAGGAUGUGCAACGAGAGCUACAGAAGCUCGGCGUGUUCAAGGCAGUUCCGGCUGGUAUUGCGCCAGCCGCUCUGUGGCGAUGCUGUGCAGGAGCCAUCGCGCCGGUGCUGGGGAACUCCCUCCGACACCACUUCCAGGCUGGCAGUACACAGUGUCUGCAGGAUGAGCUACAUGAUGCUUAUAUCACCCUAGUCCCCAAACCACAAAAGCCAGCAAUCGCUGUCGAGAACUUAAGACCGAUAGGGUUGCAAUGUCCCAGCGCUAAGCUCAUAGCCGGGUUGCUGCGACAAUCCUUGCUUGAAGUGCUGCUCCCUCUGAUCACAAACCUUCCUCAAUACGCGUACGCAAAGCAUCGGGGGACUUUCGACGCUCUCCUCCGGGUACAUCUACACUUUGAGGACGCUAGUGUUCUUCUUCGCACCAAUCGUGUUAACCGAUUCCAGCAGCAUUCUGGACGCAAACAACAUGCGUGCGUUGGGGGGUUAAGUCUGUCGCUGGACCUGUCUCGGGCCUAUGACCUCACCAGCAGGCCCAUUGUGUACGGAACAUUGGCGCAGCAUGGAGUGACACAAGACACAAUCACAAUCAUUAAGCAGCUUCAUCGGGAUGCCCAAUACAUCUUUCGUUCAGGGGAUACCACGGGGGGACAGCCCACCACGAAUGGGCUGAAACAGGGAUGUUGCAUCGCUCCCUUUCUCUGGUCCUUUUACACGAUUGCGCUGAUGCACGCGUUACAGGACAAGCUUGGUCCACAGUGGCUCCAGAAAACCCUUGUCUUGUUCGCCGACGAUCACUGGUGUCAUUGGCUUGUCAAGAACAAGAAGGAUUGGGACGAUGCCAUAAAUGAGCUUGUUGUUGUGCUUGAGACCCUUACCACCUUCAAAAUGUCCAUAAACUAUCGGAAAACUGCCAUACUGGUAAGACUUGAAGGCAAACAAGCUAAGGCGAUCUUGCAUGAACACACUCGCCUCAAGAAUGGUGUCAGGCAUCUUGUCAUCACUGUUCACGGCGAGGAACAGCUCAUCCCCGUCAAAGAUGAACAUGAAUAUUUAGGCACCAAAGUCACUUACCAGCACCGACUUGACAAAAAUCUUGCGCAUCGUGUACAGGCUGGCCAGGCCAAGUACAUUGCCCUGCGCAAGCCCUUGAAUGGUAAACACCAUUUAACAAUUCAUCACCGGACUCGGCUUUGGUUGGCGUGUGUGUCCACUAGUAUGCUUUACUCGCUGUCAGCAGUGGGCAUUACCAAGCACGGCCUUGAGCGCCUCACUAAAGCCUGCACUAAGCACUUGAGAGCCAUUCAAAAGCAGCCAGCGCACGUCACACGCAUUCCCAAUCGCGACAUUUGGACCCAGGCGGGCCUUGACAUGCCUGGCAGCCUGCUGUUGACGGCGCUUCAGCGCUUUCAGCAGAAUCUGCUGAUCAAGGCCGUUGCUUCCCCUGACAUCACCACGCAGGAGUGCAUUUUGGCGCAUGUGCAGCAACUUGUUGCCUCCUUACAGGCUCUGAUUGCGCAGCAAGCGGAGCAUGAUGAUGCCCCGCCUGAGCCUGAAACUCCGCAGAUACCAUGCCCAGAGUGUGAUGCCAUGUUCGUCACUGAGAAUGCCAUGAGAAUCCACUGUCAGGUGGCCCACAAGCUUCUGCCACCACGUGCUGCCAGCACACCUGUCAAGUUUGUGCCCCGGAUUCACGCGUGCGGCGGCCUUCCUCGCUGCCAGCUUUGCCUGAGGUCCUUCUACCGAUGGCAAAACCUUCGGGUGCAUAUAGAAAGCGGUGCUUGUGAGAAGCUCGGAGGAGAAAGCCUGAGCAAACAUCCCAUAUCUGCCACUGAUGCCCAGGUCGCGGACAAUCAGCUGCCUGUGCCGGCUGUAGCCCCGGAUGACGCAGCGACUGGCACGCAACAAAACGUGCCUUUGAUUGAUCGUGCCCUUUUUCGCAACAGACAGCAUGAUUGGGAGAGUCUUCUCAGAGAGCCUCAACUGCGCAUUGACCUGCAGACUCAUUGCAGCCUGUGUCACAUGACCGAUGCAGCGGGACUGAAUCCGGAGGCGGACAUCUUCGCCUUUUGCGAUCCUUCACUGCUGCAGCGAGCCGCAGCGGAGACCUUGCAGGAAGAACUGUCGGAGCCCUCGGAGAUGAGUCAACCCCCCAAACGCCCUCGACCCGAGCCCAGUCCACUGUUUGGUCAGCGUGGCAAGCAGCAGCCUCAUCGCCAGGCGCCAUUUGCUCCGAGGGGCCCCCGUUGGCCGAAACAGCAGCCACCAAUGGACCCGCAGAGUCGAGCAAUGGCCAAGCUCAUGCUGCAGCACGAGGAGAUGCUUGCAGCCCAACGGGUGGACAAAGUGUUCAUCAUGUUUAUGAGGCAGGACUAUGCCAGCAUCAUCCCGAACCUGCAUUCCAUCUCCGAGCAAUGGCACAAGCGGCGCCAGGACAACAGCUCCACAUCGGAGCUUCAAUCCCCGCUGAGAACAUUGCUGAUGGCGUGCUUGAUCAAGGAGAUCCUGGCCAGGAUUCAGAAAAUGGCCUCCACCAGCGAAGGCCAGGGCAAGUUGAAGGCAGCAGGAUGGAUGAACGAGACGGGGGGCUGGACAUUCCUGCGCUACUGUCACCGAAGCAAGAAAAUGGUCCUAGAUGCAAGCCGCGAAAGCAUGAGUCAUCAAGAAAUUGUGCGCCAAUACACAUUUCUGUUGGAGCACAUGAAGGGAGAGAUAGUGCAGAAGUUCAACAGUACGCAGUCACUGAAAAGCCUGGAAGCGAACGCGAGCUCCAAACCCCCAGCCACUUUCGUCCUCGAAAUUUCCCUACGGGGAGAGAAAGCCAACGAGAUGCACGAGACAAUGUGCACGUUGAUUGGAAGCUCGGCCUGGCAGCUUGUGGGCAUCUCCCUGAAACGGGGAACACUCAAGAAGUCUCCCCUAGCGGAGCAGUUGGCUCAGUGGGUGUACGGUCUCUCCAAGGGGUAUGGCAGGGACGCAGACAGGAAAGGCAGGAUACGCAAAACAGCACAGUGGUAUGACAUUCCCCGCGAGUUGGAAGUGCCGCUUUUCCUUGCAGAUCAGAUCAAGCGACUGAUCUGCGACCAGAAAGCGUACUACUACCGUCAGAGCCAGAAGUCAGCUCGCAACCAGUACGCUCGGGUCCUGCCUCGCAUCAUCAAUCUGGAAACCGUGGACUGA